CGUCCGUCCAUCUACCCAUCUAUCAUAUUCAUUGGAGCGUCACCUCAACACCAUGUCUCUCCUUUUAGGGUUUGGAUUGCUGUCCUGCAUAGCAUCAUCAGAGCCCAGUGCCGAGACCCCUGUGUUUGUGUUGAAGGGACAGGAUGUUCGUCUGGAUGUCCCGACAAAUAUUACACUGGAUAAUAUUGAUGUGCUAUUUUGGAAGUUUGACACAUCAAUCAUUGUUGUAAUGUACAACCCAAAAGUAGCCUUUGUAGGGUUCGAAGGUAGGGCUGAAAUUAGUGAGGGAAACUUCUCUCUGCUACUGAAGAACCUUCAGGAAGGAGACAGUGGAUGUUAUACUGCAGUAGUGUCUGGUGUCAAAGAGACCAACGUUGCUACAUACAUGUUGGUAGUUCAAGAGAGAGUUGAGCCUCCGGUCCUGACAGUGGAGUCUGUCUGCUCCACUAAUGUCACCUGUAAUGCGACUGUGUCCUGCAGAGGCCAGAACACCGCUGUCACCUCCAUCUGUAACAACAGCACCUGCUCUCAGGUGGGAGGAGAGAGUAGAGGGGCUGAGACCUCCACUGUCCCCCUGCUCUCUGUCUAUGUGGCAGGGGGUUCCAUCAUCUGUAACCACAGCAACCAAGUCAGCUGGGCCAACGACACCAAAGAUAUAGUGGAACUCUGUCCAAUGACAUCUGUGUCUCCCCCCUGCUGGCAUGUCUGUGUACAUGUCGAAGAUCAUCCUGCUGUCUGUGGGGCUGGCCAUCAUGAUCUCUGCUGUCAUCACUGUCCACAUCAGGGACAGAUUCCACAAUGGAUAGAAUCGUGUGAACUGUAUUAUUUUCUAGCUUAGACAAAAUUAUUCCUGCUCUGUGUCACAGUAAGGUCAUGAAAGUACUUUUUAAAAUGUUUUAGUUGCUACAUAAUAUAACUUAACAUAACGUAAGGUAGCAUAACAUAAAAUGGCUUGUCAUAAUAUAGCGUAACAUAGCACAGCAUAGCAUACCGUAUCACAUGUUUUUGGUCCAUUUGUUUCUGUUUAAUUCCCAGUAUGAUUAAAUCAAAUCAAAACUAA